GCGCAGCCAUUCCGUGCAGCCUGGGAGCGUCGUUGAGGGCCACCCCCCACGGCCCGCGGGGGAAGAACCGGAUAGUCCUGCAUCCUUCCGGACAGCCUCCAGCUUUUCCUGCCGUCCUACGCAAUGUGGUGGCUCGCUUGGUUCUGCCUGUAGGGGCAGGAAAAGGCCAGGUUGCCACCUUUUGUCCCGGGCCCUGCACCUGUGCCUUUAGCAGCAGCCCGACAUGCAGAGAUCUAACUGAAGAAGCUUCCCUUUGUAUGGAAAAAGAGAUAUUUCACCUAGUGGACUUCUCCGUGCCAGGCAGAAAUCUAACCUGCGAACAGGACGUAAAAUAUUUUCAACCUCACAUCGGAAUAUCUAAGAUAGCAACCGCAUAUAUCAGAGAGUAAAAUGUUCAUGUUCGUGUUAGCUGGGGUUUUUUUUAUUCAUUGCAAACCGUUUAGAAGCCUAUUUUUGCCGAAAUUAGUAAAUAAAUCAAGAAAUAAUAACGAUGAGGCUCGCUGGGCAGAGGUUUAAAAUUUUUAUUUUUACUAUUGGAUUGGGUGGCACGGGGCGCUGGUACCUUUAACAGCUUACUGGUAGGCAGCAUUUAAACUGGUGCAGCUUGCCCCAUGAUCGCUACAUGAGAGGGGGGGUUAAUCUGCCAGAAAAAGAGAACGGCGGGAAUCUUCGAGGGGGGGCGCUGUAGUUGCCGGAGCAGCACAAGAGCCCUUAGGGAAGACCUUUAGGGCAGAAAUCCAGGUCCCCACUCAGCCAAAUGAAAGUUAUUAAUUAAAGUUAUUGUUAUUGCUAAAUUUACAUGCCUCUUAAUACCAAAAUAGGCAUUCUGAGCAAUUUACAAAAAUAUAAAAGCCAACUGCACAAACAUAUGCUAAUACUCAUUAAUAUGGGGGCGGGAAGAAGAUUGCAAAAACCAUUCAGUCCGGAGUCUAACCCGUCCUUAGCUACUCCAUCGAGCGCAGCAUGUUUCACCCUGGGGCCUGCUUGCUUGCGUUUCUUUCUCCAGUCGCACGGCUUAACCCCACUAGGGGAAGGCCAGCUCCGGAGAGAAGACUGAAACGCCUCUGGAAGGCGUCCCGUGGCUUCCUCGCCCUUCCCUUCUGGGGCGUUUCCGGCUGGGUGGAGAGAAGUCCGGGAACAGGACCGCAAAACGUAACGCGCCUUCUUCCACCCCCAAGAACUGGCAAUGCGCUCUGGGCGCACCUGGUCUCCUUGGCAAUGCGCCCCGGGCGCACGGCACUGGACUCCCCUCGACGUUCUGCCGGCGAAGGGAGGCGAAAGAGAGGCGGGCGGCCAGGAGGAGGAAGAGCUGGAGGAGGAGCUGGAGGCGGAACUCCCCCAGGGAGGGGAGGCCGGUAACAGGCGUCUGUGAAAGUCCCUAGCAUUCAGCUGAGCGAACGGGGAAGUCCCGGCUUCCUUCCUCUACUGCGGAGAGUAGGCUAAGCGGGUGUUACCGCUGAGACUCGGGAUUCACUCGUGGGCGCCCACGGGGCACUGAGGGCGCUGCAGAUCCGACCGGGACCUUCGUGUUUUGCUGCAGGGGACUUCUGCAAAAAGAAAGCAAAGGGGAUGACUUGGCGAGGGACGGACCAAGGAGGCCGGGUGGGGUUCGUCUGGUGACUCCCUUCCCAGGAAUCUAGUAAGCGGACCGAGAAGGGUGGGGGCGGGGUUCUGACUUUCCUGCUCCCCCCCUCCCAGCUGCGUUUGGAAAAGACGGCCUGCCGGCUUCCCGAGGAAAGGAUGACACCUCACCCACUCUCCACACCCUGUAAGGAAGCACUCAGGUGUGAUCACAUGGCACGACUGUGCUGGUGGUAACCGGGAGAUCCAUCAAGCCUAUGGAAAGGGAGCCACAGCGAUCAUUGGGGGUGCUUGGAAAGUGACACCCGCCCCCUUAUUCAUAAAAAAGGGAGCACCUUGAAGGCUGGCUAGGGAAGGGAAGGGUGCCCUUGGGUGGCCUUCAGAGCCAAGAGGAACAGAAGGAAGAAAAGGAUCCAUUUGCAAAGAUGCAGAGGGGAUGGUGAUUUCCAGAUAGCCCACUCAGCAGCAGCAAGGCAAGGUGGCAAGGGGGCCCCACCCCCACCUCUUGGCCCAGCUCUGGAGCCGAAAGCCCCCUGGAGGAGUUCCUGUCUGGUGGCCCUUUGGGUCUGGUGAAGACCACGAGGAUUUGGCAGGCAGACAUGGCAGGAGAACUACCUGUGGACUUGAGCACCUGGCGGAAGGGGCCUGGCCAAGACAGAUGGGUCGCCCCUGAGGGAGAGGCGUCUUCGGUUGCCCCUCGGAGGCAGUCACCUGAGGGGGAGGUCUCUUUGGGCACCAGGGCACCCCUGACACCCUGGCACAAGCCUCCCAGAGAACCCGAGGGAGCCCUGAGUUCCGUAUGUCAGCCUGGCUCCAGAUGCCCCCUUCCAGCCCUGCGAAGUACAGCUGCCCCCCAGGUGGGGCUGGAGGGGGAGAAGAAGGCCCAGACGUGUCUGCCCCUGCGGAAGCGCCGCUAUGCAGUGCAGGGGGCAGACUCCAGGGAUGCUCAGGGGCUGUUGACUGGCAAGGUCCCCAAGAGGGAGAGCAGCGAGGGUGAGAUGGAGCUGUGGCGCUCCCACUGCAACGGCUACUGCUCUCCUUACAUCUCCGUAAGCUACCCGAGAUUGCCAGCCACCUAUUAUCCAGGUCUGGCUGGCCCCUUCCUGAGCCCCGAGCUGUCUCCUCUCUUGCAUCCGGUCACCCCCCACCCCUUGCUGGGGGUCACCACUCCUUACUCCCUGCUGUGCCCGGUAGAGGCCCAGUUGGCCCUGGACAUUGCCACGGCAACCAAACAAGACGAGGACGGAGACACGCCUCUCCACAUUGCUGUGGUCCAAGGGAAUCUUUUGGUGGCGCGGCGUUUGGUUGCUCUUUUCCAUCAGGGAAGGCAAGACCUAGACACCUUCAACAACCUGCGGCAGACUCCCUUACACUUGGCAGUCAUCACAGCGCAGCCAACUCUGGUGAAGCUGCUGUUGUGUCAUGGAGCAUCGCCCAUGGUGCUGGACCGCAACGGACAGACCGCCUUGCAUCUCGCCUGUGAGCACGGCAGCCUCCACUGCCUGCAGGAGUUGCUGGAUGGAAACCCCAACCCUCUGGAUCUGGAGGCCCGAAACUUUGAGGGUUUUACCUCCCUCCAUGCGGCUGUUGCAACCUCAAAUCGUGACAUAAUUCUGACUCUGCUAGACCACGGAGCCGACAUUGAUGCUGUGGAUAUUAAGAGUGGGCGGUCUCCACUCCUGCAUGCUGUGGAAAAUAAUAAUCUGGAGAUGGUAGAACUACUACUGCAGCACGGAGCCAACGUAAAUGCGCAGUCGUACGGGGGUAACACAGCACUCCAUGCAGCCAGCGGGCGGGGCCUUUUGGACACGCUACGGCUUCUGGUGCGCAACGGAGCAGAUGGCAGCCUCAAGAACUACCACAAUGACACCCCCCUGAUGGUGGCCAAGAAUAAGAGGGUAAUUGACAUCCUGAGAGGAAAAGCCUCCCGUCCUGGGUUGCCACCUGACAACAUCCAUGAAGGGUCAUCCCCAGCAACUAGCACUGCCAGCUCUCCAGGCGUCCGGCCUGCCCACGCCGGCCUCCUUCGUGCUUCACCCGAUUCCUGCCCCACCCCUCCCAGCCCUGCCCUGACCCCGAAACCCCACAGAGCUGUGCAUUCGCCCAACUCGGCCAACCAAAAGCCAGAGAGCAUUGCAUCAACCAAUGAGCCUUCAGCAUCUGGCCCCUUGCAUGGAGUGAAACUGGAAAGGAGCUCAACUCCGCCCACACCAGAGCAGCCAAUGGGGUUUCCAGGGACACCCAACUUCUUCCUGCCGGUGGCUGAGAGUGUGAUGGAUCCCGCCUUCCAUGCCAGCCUCUACCCUUUCGCUACCUCCAGCCAUAACUUUUCAUCCCAUCACCUUCAUCUGCUUCCUACCAACCUGAAUCAUUCCGUCAUAUCCCCGCCCCCACCACCCCGGGCCAAUCGGAUUCACCAGAGGGGCACAGAGAAGGACCAGUCACAGACGCUACUGGACUCUGAAAACCCGCCAACCACUGAUAACACAGGGCAGUGGCCAAAUAGCCAAGACAGUGGGCCUGGCGGCAGCUGACAAGAAAUUAAGGGACUCCAGUCUGCUCCCUGUGAAGGGAGGACUUCCCAAUCAGUGCUGUACUUCAAAGGCAGUAGAACCAGGCAAAGUGCCAAAAUUGUUAGGGUUUGCUGCUAUGGGUUCCUGGCACAAAACUGGCACUUGUAUGCUACUUUGGAAUCCAGAAGCCCACACCUCCUGUGGACCUAAGUUCAUACCUCUUUGCGUUUGUGUGUAGCAACACAUGAUAAGCCUGAGAUGAUUAUUUGGGCUUUGCUAAGCCAGUGAUAGGUUGGUCACUUUGAUCCUACAACAGUCCCCCAUCCCAACCCCAAUUCCAGCUACCUUCCAUUCCUCAAGUGUUGCCUCGUCUUCAGCUACUACGUAAGCAGGGUUGUUUUGCAAGUUUAGAGGGUCACAUUUUUUAGAAGAGGGGAUAGCAGCAGUGAAAUCCAGACUGCCCUCUCCCCUCGGCAAUGGCACAAGAGCUGCUCAAAGAUGGUGGCACUAUCGCUAGAGCAACUAUCGAUUGUGGUGCUAUGUCUCCCUCUAGUGGAGAGGUGUUGAACUGCACUCCUGUUAGCAAGUAGCACUGUAGCCUGAGAUCAACUUGCACUUUCAAGGCAGAACAAAUAUUCCCUUUUAAGAGCCUGGAGACACAAGUAUAAAAUCUCUCUCCUCGCCCCCCACAACCCCCACUCUGCCCAAAACAACAAAUUUCACGAAGUACAACUGAAUUUAAUUGCGGUGGUGGUUGUGGUGGAGCGGGAAGAAGAAGAUGCCAGGAACUGGGGUCGGGGGAGAAUGUGGGGAUUUUCUGAACAUUUGAGCAGGCCAAACAGGAAUGUUGGGUACAUGUUAAGGGAUUGAAAUAUCAGAAAUUCCCAGGCUGAUUAUUGUCUUUAGAGGAAGUUGUGGAGGUGGAGAUUAUUAAUCGGGAGAUGAUGGUGAAAUAAUUAAGAAGGAUGAGGUGUGGCCUGCUAACGGAGUGGUCUUGGCUAACAGAUCUGGCCUGUGAGAACCAUCCUCCUUCCUGCCCAGUUUAUGAAAGAGACUGCCAACUGCGAAGAGAGAGUCAUAGGAGAGGCAAGUUUGUCUUAAAAUUUGCUCCUUCAUGACCCAUCCCUUAAACAUAGGAGAGUCUUCAUGCUCUCCACAUAGGGAAGGGAGUGGCAAUAGCAUAGUGCUAGAGGACAUGACUGGGAUUGUAAAAAAUACCUUGUUUAAUCCGGGUAGGGCUGGGAAAGACUCUUGUCUGAAAGCCUGAAAGAGCCACUACCAAUCAGCAUCGACAACACUGAGCUGCACGGACCAAUGGUCUAACUUGGUAUAAGAUGAGUUCCACUUCGCUAUCAUUGGGAUUCACCUUCCCUCAAAAAACAGCCGCUAGAUCAGAGGUCCUUCUCUUUCCACUACCACCCCUUGCAAUAUUUUUGCUAGACUGUCUUUCUCUGCUUUUUGGGGGACCAAUAUUUAAAACAUGGUAGCAUCCUCUGCUCAUCCCCAUGGUAGAAAAGGGGGGAUGAAGGGUCUUUUCCCAGU